CAAAAACAAAUACAAAAAUUUUAAAAAACAAAUUUAGACUUUUUAUAUUUUAAAGAUGAAUAUUAUCUGCUGCAUAUCAGUCCGCAUCAUUCAUCACCCACACUGUUUUGAUUAGACAUUUUAAUUGUUCUAUUAGUGAAUAUUGGCAUCAGUCCAAAAAUGUCUUUUUCCAAAAACGGUCGUUGCGAAAUUUUCGCGAUUUUUUUCGUUUUCGUAGCCGUCCUUGGUGUGGCACAGGGAGCGGUUCGACGACAAGUCCAUGCACCCCCGAAAAACGGCUCCAGGGCCGGAAUAUGCACUCUUGAAGUUCCGACUGCAGAUCUUUUGACAGUCGAAGAUAGGCAAAGAGGUGGAAAUUUUAAAGGAAAUGGGUCAAAACCAGGUUUCAGCAUGAUUGAAAUUUGCUGCUCAGGGUGGGCUAAAAAACCUCACAACCACUACGAAUGCGAACCAGUGUGUGACAACUGCGAAAAUGGAAACUGUACUGCACCCAAUGUAUGCGUGUGUAAACGAGGCUUUAUCAUGGAUAUUCACAAAACCUGUAUUCCAACGUGUCCGAUUGGUUGCCUAAACGGCGUCUGCACAACCAACGGCGUUUGUUCUUGCAACGCUGGAUUCACUUUGGACAGAUCUGGGAAACUUUGCAACCCUGUGUGUAGGGAGGGUUGCGGUAUAGGAGGCGAAUGCUUGGGUAACGAUAUUUGCAGAUGCAAUCCAGGUUUUGUGUUGGACCCAAAAACCAACAAAUGCGGAUAUCUAUGCGAAGGCGGCUGUGGAAGCGGCACAUGCGUAGGACCAAACAGAUGCGCUUGCGCAAAAGGCUUCAAAGACAUCGGCGGUACAUGCUUGCCAGAUUGCCCCAAGGGUUGCCUAAGUGGCCAAUGUACAGCUCCUAAUGUAUGCUCUUGUCAACCUGGUUGGAAGAUCGACCAAUCUGGUUCUGUUUGUCAGGCCCAUUGCAACCACCCCUGUCUAAACGCCGAUUGUACAGCUCCAGACACGUGCACAUGCAAAAAAGGUUACAUAACAGAUCCAAGACAGCCCCAAGGUAACAAAUGCGUCGCACAUUGCCCAGGUGGCUGUGAAAAUGGCACUUGUUCAGCACCUAAUUUCUGCAUUUGCAACCCUGGAUUCGUUAAAGAAACAAAGGGUAGCAACAGAUGUGUCAGAAGGGUUAGAAGGUCUACAAAUGAAUUGACCAAAAUCCAUUAUGACCUGAUUCCGCCCCAAAUAGACGAGUUGCUUCGUUUGUAGAAUUUGACAUGUUAAAAUAAAUGAAUUUAUAAAUAAAAUAAACUACUUUAAAUAUC